AUGUUAAAGACACAGGGUGAUGUCAAAACUGACGAGCUCUGUCGUCUGGAGGAUUUUGAAGUUUACAAAAUCGUGUUUCAAGAAAACCCAAUUGAAUUCUUGGACUAUACAUCAGCUGAAGUUAGUGAAAAAUCAGUUCUUGAUUCUUCAGUUCAAGAAAAAGACUCUGCCACUGCCACAGAAAAUUCAGGUGAAAUGGAGGAGAAGACAUUGGAAGAUUUCUUCAAAGAAAUAGAUGAGUUCGAAAGCAAGACUUGGAAUAGUGAUAAUGUGGAAAGGAAGAAAAUUGAGGCAUUGGGCACAAAGGCCGAUAAAGUUGUUGAAAAACAAAAGGAAGAAAUGAUGAUGGGAAAUGGAUCCAAGGAGGCUGCUGCUCAUGUUGAUAAAGUGAAAAAGUCACAUUCUUGGAGACUUGGAGAAAAUCUUGAUUACAACAAGUCAAAAAUAAUGGAGCAGAAUUUGGGGAGCUAUGGAUCUAUGAGGAAAGAAAAAGAGUGGACAAGGACAUUGGCAUGCAAACUUUAUGAGGAAAGGCACAAUGCUAGUGAUAGUAGUGGUGGUGAAGGGAUGGAUUUGUUGUGGGAAACUUAUGAAUUAGACUCAGCAAAGAGCAAGGUCAAAAGGGAUAAUGUUAACAAGAAGAAGAAAUCAGGAGAAUUGAAGAGCUACAAAAAAGAUGAAGAAGAGGAAGAAGAAAUGAAUGGGCAGUUGUGUUGCUUACAGGCUCUAAAGUUCUCAGCUGGAAAGAUGAAUUUAGGUAUGGGAAGGCCUAAUCUUGUUAAGAUUUCUAAAGCAAUUAAAGGGUUUGGAUGGCUACAUCAUGUCAGCAAGAAAAACAAGGUCCAUUGUGGAGAAUGA